AUGUCAUUUCAAGACGACAACAUAAAGAAACAGAGACGUGUUUCCUUUGCAGCUCCCGACUCCCCAAUUCCCAACAACGCCCGUCCCGACUAUCGACCCAGAUCGACCCCUCUCAAGCCAGCAAUCAUCAACAACGGCAACAACACUCGUCCUCCGCCCUCAGCUCCCUCAUCACCACGCACCACUGUUCCUACCCCUCGGGUCUCGCGACCUGAUCCGUUUGCCGGUCUUCCCAUUCAUACUGUCGCCAAUACACCCCAGGGUCUUGUCAUCGACGGUGUUCUGGAAUCACGCGGCCCUAUUGGUCACUUCAAGCCUGGUUUCCCGCAAACUCAGCCCCUGCCUUUCACCAACCUCCCUGCCUCCUACAACCCUGCGCAACCGCAUCAGGUCAAAAUGAGUACUGUUGCUGCUGGCAUUACACCUGACCCAAAUGCGGUCCACUUCCAACCCCCGGUCCCUGAUACCACCAAUGGUCCCUACGAGCAUAUCUAUGUGCCGCGAUCUGAUCCGCCGUCCACCAUGGUGAAUGGUGGUCCUCCUUGCAGUCAACCGGCUUUCUAUGCACCUGGUGCUGUUCCAUAUCAACCGGUACAGCCUCAGGCCUUUAUGCCACCCUGCAUGCCGACAGGGCCUGGUGUCGCCUUCAUGAAUGCAAGUCCAGUGCAUCCUGGUAUGGCUACUGCGCCGAUCCCUAUGAUGGCUCCCGGCUGCCAAAUGCCACCUAUGCAACCUCCUCAGAUGCCCGGUUGUGCGACCACCUACCAGCCCGGGUUCAUGCCUCCCAUGGCUGGCGGUCCACUACCCGUUGGCCCGACUUAUGUGGCAACCGGCAUCGGGCAGCCCACGCCUCCCAUCACACCGACUGGUAUGCCUUUUCCUGCCGCCCCUAUGGGUGGUAUUGAGCUGGGAAAAACCAAGAGCGAAGUCGACAUGCAGAAUCAAUACAACGCCUUCAACAACCAGAUGAAUGAGCCUCAGAGCAUGAAGCCUGCUGAUGACGACAAGAGCCGGAUGUACUGGUGUCGCGAGCUUGAUGGCCAGUGGACUUCUCGCAGCCGAUAUUCCCUAGACCGUAUGGGUAACUUCCGCUGGUACGUCACCGAGAAUGGCAUCUUCUACGCCAAAAUGCUCGUAGAGUAA